CGGUUAUGUGCUGCCAUGGUAGUGGGACGAGGGCAUGCUAGACUGCAAGGCCGGACUGGAGUUAGAGUCAGUGCGCACGGACACGCGCAGGGGGAUGACGCCGGAGGAGAUUGUCCGUCAGGUUGCGCUUAUCACCCGGGAUCCCAUCGGGGUCUCCGCACCACCCGCCGCUGAGGCCGUAUUCGGUAGACGUGCUUCCAUUUUCCGUCCUUACCCCAGGGAGGAUGAUUCUGAUGAGGAGCCGGUACCCGAGGCAGCGGACCACCCCGCGCUCCGCAUUCCCCGUGAGAUCAACGAGACGCACCUGGAUCCCGAGGAGGACACCAGGGCGCAUACUGCACGACGGAACGCUAACAGGGCGGAGAGGGAGAUGAUGGGGGGAGAGGAGGAGUUGUGGGGACCAUUCGGGGAGGUCGCUUCGACGGGCGGCACAGGAGCGCGGGCGACGAGCCCCGCUCCGACGAGGCAGGAGUCAUCCAUGCCGCCACCUUCUGCUCCGAGUCCUGCACCGCCAUCGCCCGCCACGCCAUAUGAGCCGACCACAGCAAUAGAGGACACGGAGGAGUUGGCGUCCUCUUUGCCUCAGCGCAGACUACUCCACGGAGGCGGGGCAGUCCGACAGCUGAGGUUACGAUCACCUUCUCCGGGGGUCUUGCAGGAGGAGGGGGGACCGUCGGCAGCAGCAGUGGAGGGGGAGAUGGCAGUGAAGGGGGGAUUGGCGGACACGACGAUUGCAGGAGCAGCUGCACUGGAUAGGCUUGUGGCUGCAGCAGCAGGAGCAGCUGGAGGAGCGGAUGCAGUGGAGGGGGGAAUCCCAGGAGCAGUGGAGGAAGAGAUAGGGGCACAGGUGGAGGUGUCGCGUGGGGGCGGCGACGAGCGCCUCAUGCAGCAGUUCCUCACGGAGCAGUACGAUCCGGUCAUGGCGGGUAUGACCCCAGGUGUGGCGAGGGGGUUGGGGAUGUCGGAUUCGCAGAUGGGGAGCCACCUGGACUUAGAUUUGUCGAUGGGCCUUCCACCUAGUGGCGGCGGGGCGACAUCGACGGAUCGCGCUCCAUCGAGGGACGACGCGGCUGGAGAGAGUCUCACGCAGCCCCAGAGAGUGACGACGACUAGGUCUCCGGAUGCGGCACGCGACAUUCUAGAGCGAGAGAGGGCUCGACUUAUGGCAUCGACUAACCCGCGUGCUCAGGCAUUCGCACGGGCGUUGGAGGACGCGAGGUGUCGAGAGACAGGGGGGAUUGUGUGGAGGCAAGGGAGGUGGCAGCAUCAGGUUGUGAGCCUCAGCGAGGUCGCGGCCGCCGAUAGCUUGGAGUACGCUCUGAUGACAGCGACGCGUGCCGUACAUGAGCAGACUCCACGCAAGCGCGGAGUGCCUCCUCGUCCACGCCCCGUGCCCGCAGAGAGAGGAGAUGCACUUGGAGAGACUUCGGGGGCAGAGGGGUUGGGGAUGCCUCGUGGAUCACGCCGUGAGCAGACGGUUACAGAGGCUAGUGCGAGGGUUGUUGUGUUGAGGAAGGCAGGAGCCCCUGUCACCAUCGAGGAGGAUGAUCCUGAGACAGAUGUGGCAAUGUGGGAGGAAGACGAGGACUAUGAGGGCGAGGAGGAGGGAGAGGAGGAGAGCGAGAGAGGUUCCGAUGGUGACUACGACCACGAUGAGCACGAGCCCCCACCUCCCUCACCGAAAGGUGCAGCCAGAAGGCGCGCUGCGCAGACUUCUUCAUCAUCACGAGGGAGGAGGAGUUCGACAUCCGGCACGCAAGGGGGUACGAGGAGACAGAGCGGGAAGGGGAAGAAGCGUCGUUGACUGAUGAGGCCAACACUAUGGGUGGGGCCCGUGGGGCUGUGGGGUGGCCGGGUAGUACGGGUCGAGGGUGAGCGGUGGUGAAUGGGGGUGGGUGUGCAGCUUUGGAGGUCGGGGGUGUGUUUGGGGUGAAAGUAUCGUUUUUGGGGAAAUUGCGGCCCCCAGGGGAAUAUGGGGGGGUGGGGUAUGGCGGCCAAAUGUUUUUUUUUUUUCUGGUUUUAGUGUUCGGGCACGUAGGUACACGUGUCCGAAGCCCAACGCGCG